AUGUCGCGAUUUUUUGACCUUCCAGGGUCCCACAAACCGCCGAAUGCUGCCGAAAGUGAUUUAAUACCGAUACAAGGUCGUCGAGCUAGUCUCACGUACUUCGAUUAUGGUGCAACGGAAAGAGCUCCCAAAAUCUCGUCAAAGCUAGAUCCAGAAAACCCAAACAAAGACAAGCUUGGGACGUUCGAGGGCGUGUUUGUACCGACGACCCUGAACGUUCUGUCGAUUUUGAUGUUUUUGAGAUUUGGCUUUAUUAUAGGGCAGAUGGGCGUGCUGGGAACCAUAAUUUUGCUUAUUCUGAGUUACGGGAUCAAUCUGUUGACUACUCUGAGUAUAUCUGCCAUCUCAACAAACGGUACCGUUCGUGGUGGGGGUGCUUACUACAUGAUAUCUCGGAGUUUGGGUCCGGAGUUCGGUGGCUCCAUCGGGCUCAUCUUUUUUCUGGGCCAGAUGCUCAACAGUGGCAUGAAUGUAUUGGGUGUGAUAGAACCUGUGAUGUACAACUUCGGUUCCAAAAUCGACCAGGAGACCCCUGCUAUUUAUCCAUUGCUGAAUCGUGGCUACUGGUGGGAGUUUCUCUACGCCUCAUUGAUACUCUUGUUUUGUCUAGGAAUUGCAUUGGUUGGAUCAGCUACCGUCUCAAAGGCCGGUAAAGUGCUCUUUUGGCUACUUCUUUUCUCUACGUUGUCAAUUCCCAUUUCUGCUCUUUUCGUUUCGCCGUUUAAUGACGGCGAGAUCAUAUACACUGGGCCAUCCCUACAAACACUCAAAGAAAAUUUGUAUCCACACUUCACAAAGAAAGCAGCAGGCUCGCUUUUAAAGGGAAAGGAAACCUUCAACGAUCUCUUCGGGAUUUUCUUCCCUGCAACGGCUGGUAUCUUCGCAGGUGCCGGGAUGAGUAGUGAAUUGAGGAAACCGUCUCGGUCUAUACCCAAGGGAACACUUUGGGGACUAAUGGUUACCUUCUUUUGCUACCUGAUAGUGAUCUUCACUAUUGGUCUCUGCGUUCCGCGUGAGUCUCUUCACAGAGAUGUUCAAAUUAUACAAACCAUUAGUGCAUCUCAAGUCGUGAUUCUCAUAGGCGAACUUUCAACGUCCAUAUUUUCCAUCGUUGUUGGUAUCGUGGGGGCAGCUUUCGUUCUAGAAGCGAUCGCUAAGGACUGCAUUUUCCCAGGCAUAUCAAUUUUCGAGAAACACCCGGUUUGGUCUAUUUUGUUUACGUGGCUUUUGACUCAACUUUGUCUGUUCUCAGAUGUCAACCAGAUUGCAACCUUCAUCACAAUGACGUUCCUAACAACUUUUGUUGUGAUGAACCUGGCUUGCUUUCUUCUUGAAAUAUCUUCGGCCCCAAAUUUUAGGCCUUCAUUCAAAUACUUUGACUGGUAUACCGCGUGCAUAGGCGGAGCUUUAGCAAUACUAGCAAUGCUAAUUGUUGAUGCCGUUUCAGCUUUUCUGGUCAUACUAGUCAUAUCAGUAAUUUUUGUUGUGAUUCACCUAUUUUCUGCCCCGAAGCCGUGGGGAGACGUUUCUCAGAAUAUCAUAUACCAUCAGGUUCGCAAGUAUUUGCUGCGUUUGAGGCAGGAUAAUGUAAAGUACUGGAGACCGCAGAUUUUACUUUUAGUGGACAACCCUCGAACUAGCUGGUCCCUUAUUAAAUUCUGCAACAAUCUUAAGAAAGGAGGCCUGUACGUGCUGGGACAUGUUACGGUUGGUGAAAGCUUUCAAAGUGAAUAUGAGGAGAUGAGAAAGCAAACGCGUGCAUGGGUCAAGAUUAGAGAUAUGGCAAACAUUAAAGCGUUUGUUCAAGUGGGAACUGGACCUAGUCUUCCUUGGGGUGUGAGGAAUGUGUUUCUGGGCUCUGGAUUGGGCGGUAUGAAACCUAACAUAACUGUUAUAGGAUUUUUCGAUCUCGAAAACUACUACAAAAACAAAGGCAGACCAGAGGUCACAAGCAUCAAAAAGAGACACGCAAAAACCCUUUCCGGUCUACCAGCCAGUCGUCAGAAAAACGGUAGUGUAGCAGUCGAAAUUCCAGACGACCUUGGCCUGCUACCGACGGAUGUUUGCAAAAACGAGAAAAAGAUUAAGGCGCAACAGUGGGUACAAAUAAUCGAAGAUCUCUCUCUAAUGCACAGCAACAUUGCAGUUGCGAGAAUGUUUAAAGAUCUCAAUCUACCGAAUAAGCACGAUAAAUGCGAAAAGAAAAAGUACAUUGACCUUUAUCCUAUUCAAAUGUCUGCCAAGGUAGAAGUUGAAGACGAUUCGUCGGAAGGCGUCACUGCCACCAAUUUUGACACCUAUACUUUGAUAUUGCAGCUGGGGACUAUCCUAGUCACAGUGCCAUCAUGGAAAAGAACGCACUGCCUCAGAGUUGUGGUAUUCAUUGAAAACGAAUUCGAAAAGCACGAUGAGAACAAAAGAAUAAGCAACCUUCUCAAUUUACUAAGAAUUGAGGCUGAAAUCGUUGUGGUUUCUCUUGAUCAAUUCCGGGUUUACAACACCAUAAUCAAAGGUGACCCAAUAAAAAUGGAACAUGUUAAUAAAGUAUUGAAAGAUGACCCUUGGUGGAUAGAGCUCACGGAAGCAAGAGGCAGUCACAAAACGAAAAGAAGGUUCAGUACCAUCGCGACUCCAAGCAACGAUCAGAGAAGAGGUCUGGGGAAAAAUGUUCCCCGAUACGAUGUUUCGCAACUGCAGCGACUAGGUGUCUCGAUGUCUAUGAAAUCGAGCUUCCUGAAAGACGAUUUUAGAUUUCCAGACGGAUCCGAGGAUGACGAACCUGAUCUGGAUCCAGACUCUGAUGCUACAGAGGAGCCAUUCAGGACCAUAAGAGGGAAAGAAAUUGAUAGAAUGAGACAAACCCUUUCAGCUUUCUCAGCGGAAGUUCAGAAGAAUACCUCGCGGUCAAAACCUCUUAAAGUUUCUGAUGAGAGAUCUGUUCGAUCCUUGAUGCCAGUGUUCUCCAGCGACGCACUUCCCAAAACUAAGGUUAUUGAAGACGCGAGUGGCGAUGAACCUUCUUUGAUUCCUGUUGUCGAGAAUAGUAGUGUUAACUCAUCAGUUCUAGAGAGUGGCAGGAAAAAAAUGCUCCCUCCUCUUUCCCCAUGCCAGUCUACCGAAAGCGUACUAGCAGAUCUCAGAAGCUUAACAUUUAAUGACGUCCCUAGUCGGGGCCAGCAUCUGAUUUUAAACGACGUUAUGACUCAGGUUUCGAGAAAGUCAGAUCUUAUAUUCUCGACACUGCCUCUGCCUCCUCUAAACACUCACAAAAGUGAGGAGGGAAGCCUCGAAUACAUUGAGAAUCUCAAUGUCUGGCUAGCGGGCUUGCCGCCUACGAUGUUGAUGAAUUCCAAGUCUACAACCGUGACCACAGCUCUAUAA